CACACAGAAAGCAGCUUGAUCAUUCAGUCAGGACACGCUCCUUUUCCUCCUCUUCUUCUCUCAUACCUCAUCAGACCACCUGGAUUGUACCAAAGGGCCAGCUGAGGACGCGCCGCAGGAGAGGAAAAGCAUUUUGGGAGCAGAGCAAACAUUCUCACUCAGGAUAACGCUUCAUCUGAGCCGGCAGGCUGAAGGCACGGCCAGUGGCACUGCAGAGGCACAGCAGCACAGUGGGCUAAAGCGUCGCUGUGAGAGGUAGAGGAACAUGCGGUCCCGCAGCAACAGUCUGGAGGACGUGACCAAGGCCAAUCCGGAGCAGGAAAAAUCAGACUCCCGCAAGGGGUCUGUAGAGCGAGAGGUGCCCUCAGGAAGGGCCGAGCGCCGCAGCAGACACCGGGAGCCGCCGGAUGACACCGGCACCAUUCAGAGGAAUCACAAAACGGCCAAGAACAGCCCCUGUGCCGGUGGGAGUGGAAAUGGAAGUAGUAGUGGGAGUGGGAGUAGCGGUGCUGCAAAGGGAGCUCGGAAGGAGAAGACCAGGGACCUUUCCCGAGAUGACCUUGUCUUUCUUCUGAGCUUGCUAGAGGGAGAGCUGCAGGCCAGAGAUGAGGUGAUCACGGUUCUGCGGGCAGAGAAAAUGGACUUUGCACUGCUGGAGGCCAAAUAUGGCUUUGUCGCACCGCCAACAGUCCUGCAGUCCCUGCAAAGAGACGCCAUCCAAGGCAAGGCUGAAAUGUUCCAAGAGGACAUCUACGAGAAGCCAAUGAUAGAGCUAGACAAGCUAGUAGAGAAGCAGAGGGAAACGCACCGGCGGAUGUUGGAGCAGCUCCUGAUGGUGGAGCAGUCGCACAAACAGGCCCUGUUCAAGCUGGAGGACGAGAAGAGGAACCACGGAGAGUUCAUGAAGAAGAGCGAUGAGUUCACCAACCUGCUGGAGCAGGAGCGCGAGAGAUUGAAGCUGUUAAUUGAUCAGGACAAGGCCUACCAGGAAAGAAAGGAGGAAGAAAACGACCAAAAGGUUGAAAGUCUGAAGGAGGAGCUGACAAAACUCAAGUCGUUUGCGUUGAUGGUGGUUGAUGAACAACAGCGUCUGACUGAGCAGCUGAAACAACAAACAGCAAAGUUCCAAGAGCUGAGUGUCACUGCUUCGCAAGCCCAGGAGGAGCUGAGCUCAGCUAAUGCCCGGCUGCAGGAAGAGGAUCAAAAGGUCUUUCGCUUGGAGGCGGAGCUGCAUGACCACUCCGGUCGAUUCCAUCAGGAACAAGAGACCAUGACUGCCAAACUGACCAGCGAGGACGCACAAAACAGGCAGCUGCGCCAAAAACUGUCCACUCUCAGCAGGCAGCUUGAUGACCUGGAGGAGACCAACAAGACCCUGCGCAGAGCAGAGGAGGAACUGCAGGAGCUGAGAGACAAAAUCAGCCGUGGCGAGUGUGGAAACUCUAGCCUCAUGUCUGAGCUCGAAGAGUUACGUAAAAGGGUGCUUGAAAUGGAGGGAAAGGAUGAAGAGUUGAUCAGAAUGGAGGACCACUGCAGGGACCUGAACAAGAAACUGGAGAAAGAGGCCACUCAAAGCCGGAGCUUGAAGGCUGAAGUCGAUAAACUGAACCACAGAAUUAUGGACUUGGAGAAAUUAGAGGACGCGUUCAGCAAGAGCAAACAAGAAUGCAACUCUCUCAAAAGUAACCUGGAGAAAGAGAGGACGGUGUCACAGGUUCUGACCAGUGAGCUGGAAGUCUUGAAAGUCAGGGUCAAAGAACUGGAGGAUGCUGAGAGUCAACUAGGAAAGACGGAGCUGACUCUGAAGGAAGAUCUGACCAAGUUAAAGACUUUGACAGUCAUGCUGGUGGAUGAGAGGAAGGCAAUGGCAGAGAAGCUCAAGCAAAUGGAGAACAAGGUCCACAACAGCACUGGCAAACUUCAGGCUGAACAGGACAAAGUGACCUCGGUCACAGAGAAGCUAAUUGACGAGAGCAAGAAAGCCCUAAGGUCAAAGGCUGAGCUUCAGGACAAAAUGUGUGGCGCUACAAAGGAACGGGAUGACUUGAAGGCCAAGUUGAGUGCUGAAGAGGAGAAGAGCAAUGAUUUGGAGUCUAAGAUCAAUAUGAUGAAGAAAAGGUUGCAAUCGCUUGAGAACAUAGAAAGAGAAUACGUGAGAAGCAGAGCUAAAGAGGACCACACCAAAUCCCCCAUUGCUAACCGCUUCCAACAAGAAGAGAACAAAGUAAAGGAUUUGACGCAGGAGGUUGAACGCCUCAGGCACAAAUUAAAAGACAUGAAGGUGGUGGAAGGUGACCUCUUGAAAACAGAGGAGUUUGAAUCACUGGAGAAAAGAUUCAACAGUGAACAAGAGAAAGGUAAAACAUUAAUGGAGGAGCUGGAAAUAUCCAGAAAUGAACUUUCAAAGUACCAGCUGGCUGAAAAGAAAGAGUGCAACCAAGAGCAUGUUCUUUAUAAACGCUUGAAGGAAGAGGAGGCUAAGUCUAGUCAUUUGACCAGAGAAGUAGCAGCUCUGAAGGAGAAGAUCCAUGAAUACAUGGGGACAGAGGACUCCAUUUGCCGCAUGAAAACUGACCACUCGACACUCCAAAGAAAACUGACCCAACAGGAAGUCAGAAACAAAGAACUGGCCAGAGAAAUGGAGACACUCAACAGAGAGCUUGAGAGAUAUAGACGCUUUAGCAAAAGUCUUCGCCCUGGCAUGAAUGGAAGGCGCUUUUCAGACCUUCAUGUUGCCACCAAGGAGGUUCAGACAGAGCCCCAGGACCUAAUGUCUCCCAACUGUACAAUGACAAUGGCCCCCCUGGAACGUGCUGUGGUGAACGGGAAGCUGUACGACGAGAGCGAAGCAGAGGAGAAUGCAAACUACAGCAAUGAGCUUCAGCUCACCAAAUGCAGCCCCUCACUUUUAAAUAAUGUAAAUAAUCUAAACAACUUGAGAAGAGCUCGAGUCCCGUUUGUUAAAAACAAAGACACCUCCCUUCAGGUGAAUGGUAAAGGGCAACCACGGCAGAAUGGCAACCACGUUCAGCCUGGAGAUGUGGUGUUGACCCACAGUCCUGGGCAGCCUCUGCACAUUAAAGUGACUCCUGACCACGGACAUAACACAGCAACGCUAGAGAUCACCAGCCCGACCACAGAAAACACCCAGUCAUUCACCAGCACUGCCGUCAUACCCACAAGUGGAGGUCCACCCAAACAAAGAAUUACAAUCAUCCAGAAUGCUUCCAUAUCCCCGAAUACUAAAUCCAUCUCCCCAUUGAUGAAAUCUAAAGGGUCCCCCAUCUCCGAUGAACUGUAUUCACCAGACAGGGCCCUAUCACCUUUCAAUAUGGCUGCAUACUCAAGAGCAAUGUCUCCAGACUCUUGUGGCUCUGUAACACCAGACAGAGCCAUUUCACCUAUACAGAUAGUGUCAGUCACAACAGGCACCCCUGAACGCUCCCUCUCCACGGAGCCACUGGAGGUUGUUGGAGGGCACGCAGUCUUCCGUGUGACCCCAGAAAGGCAAAGCAACUGGCAGAUCCAGAGGUCUAACAGCUCUGGGCCGAGCGUCUUCACCACGGAGGACAACAAAAUCCACAUUCACUUAGGGAGCCCCUUCAUUCAGAGCAUCAGCACUCCAACGCAAACACUGAGUCCGUGCAACACACCUGGACUCCAGGAGCAAAGGACUCAGGUGAUUGCAAAUUGCAGUAAUUCUACUAUCAAAGCCACCAGCAAAAUCACAAGUAGCAUCACGAUUAAGCCCACCUCCACCCAAAUCCAAAGGCCAUCACAAAUUACAAUACCUCCAGAAGCAUUACGUCGACCAGGACCUACGAGAAUCCCCAAACCGAAAGGCUCCAGCUCCCAGAAAGUGACAAACGGCACGGCAGCAAACCUGGGGCUGCAGAACAAGAGCCAGCAGGCGCCGUGCACACACCCAGCCGAGGAGAAAGAGCAGCACACACACUCUGCUGCAGGACAAAACAACAGCAACCCAAACCUGGCCAACCGCAGGCUGUGAUGUCCCAUGGACUUUCAUUCAUGUUUUCUUUAAUCUUUAGGGGCACUAAAAAAAAACAUAACUCAGCGUUUUUGCAUCUAUUGAUAUCAAAAUUCAACGUGUCAAAAGUACUGCUUUCAACUAUUAAAUACAAUCCUCAUCUGUAGUGCUCUGAAGACAAGCAUUUCUGUGUUGAUGUGUAAUGUGUACACACUGUAAAUAAAGCUACACAAUAUUUUUAGAAAGUAGUUCCAAUGUCACAGAUCUUUGUGAGGAUGUCACUGUGGUGAAAAUAAAUGAAACUGAAGUGUAAUACUAGAACAUUAAGUAUGGUAUAGUGUAUGUCAUGAUGUUCACUGUAAAGGGAUUUAGUUCCCUAUUCUCUUUCUGUUGAGACAUACAGAUAAUGACAGUCGUUUAUUCAUUCAAGUGGAUAUUUUGUUAAGUGGCAAUAAUGUACAUAAGUGUAAAAGUGAUGUGAUGUAAUGCAGCU